AUGGCUGUCCAGAUUAAAGCGUCCGACCGGGAGCAAGUUGAGGAUAAUGAGAAGGGCGCACUGUCUUCACAAGUGUCCAACCAUUCUUUACAGUACGAUGAUGCAGUUGUGAAGCGAAUCAAGCGCAAGAUCGACGUGAGGCUAUGCGUGGUCGUCGCCAUCAUGUACACCGUCUGCCAGAUUGAUCGGGUUAACCUGCCAAAUGCCGUCGUCGCAGGAAUGGGAAAGGAAAUCGAUCUCACUGGGACAAACUACUCCACAAUCGUCGCCCUGUUCUUCGUCACGUACACCAUCUUCCAGCCUGUAAUGACGGUAAUCGCACGCAAGAUCGGACCGCGGAUAUUCAUGGGUUUCAUAACCGUUGCCUGGGGCCUGGUGAUGGUUGGCAUGGGUCUCGUCCACGACUGGCGCGAAAUGACCGGCCUGCGCAUCGUCCUUGGUGUGUUCGAGGCUGGUCUUUUCCCUUCUGCCGUCUUUUUGAUUAGCAGUUGGUAUAUUCGCCGGGAAACGGGCAAGCGGAUUGGGCUGUUCUAUCUGCUCGGUAGUGCGCUUUCUUCGUUUGGGGGGAUUCUUGCGUACGGGUUGCAACAAAUGGACGGUAUCCAAGGCCACGCUGGCUGGAGGUGGAUCUUUAUUAUCGAGGGAGUUCUCACCGUUGCUAUAGGUCUGCUAGGGGUCAUCCUGAUCGUCGACUUCCCUGAAGAUGCGCGUCGCACGCGCUGGUUUUUGACAGACGCCGAGAUCGAUAUCAUGAUUGAUCGAGUCGACAAGGACCGUGGAGAUGCCCAUGUUACCCCAUUUGUCCUGAAGGAGUACUUGAAGUAUGCCCUUGAGUGGCAGGGGUGGUUACUUGCUGUGAACUUUUUGAUGAGCGCUAUUGUGAUCUACGCGGUCUCAUAUUUCUUGCCGAUUGUCCUCAGGCAAGGACUCGGCUUUGACGUCGCAAAGGCGCAGACUCUCACAGCUCCAUGCUUCCUCUUCGGAUCUGCCCUCGGUAUAACUGAGAGCUGGCUGUCAGACAAGUACAACACGCGCGGCAUAGUCGUCGUUAUUAACGCCGUCUUGCAAAUCGUCGGCGUCGCGCUGCUGGGCUACGCAAAGGGUAAUGGGGUACGAUACUUUGGCGCCUUUAUCCUCACGGGCAGCUGUAAUGCGAACGUCUCUGCCUCGUUGACUUACCCGUCGAAUAAUAUCACGGGCCAGUGGCGCAGGGCGUUUGGAUCGGCGCUUAUAGUUGGCGCUGGUGGCGUGGGGGGUAUUAUUGGGGGGUUGGUUUUCCGGGAGCAGGAUGCGCCAGAGUAUAGACCUGGCCUGUGGACGUGCUUCAUUGCGGCUGCGGUUACGAUUGUGUCGGUGGGGAUCACGACGUGUACGAUGGCCAGGGCGAAUAGAAAGCAGAAGGAUGGGCUGGUUAUUUUUGAUACGCCUGGUUUCCGGUUUACUUUGUGA